GAAACGGUGAAAACUGUUGACAGAGUCAUUUGUUAACCUGGGAGACUGUCCUGAGGGGAAGAGGUCUGGACUCACCUGCAGGCCGCAGGGCCGGACUUUGGACCGUUACCUAAUGAGGGAAUGUCUCAGCUUUAUUACUGGAGACUGAAGACAGGACCAAGGUCGACAGAGGCUCCAUCUGUGAGGAUCUGAACGGAUUACAACUGCAGAUUUCUAUGGACUAUGCCAUGAAGUCUCUCAGCCUUCUGACUCCAACUGGCCUCUCAAAGGCUGUCACUUCCAGCGUUUCCGUCAGCACCUCCAUGGCCCAUCAGCUCUUCUCCCACGUUCCUCGUCCAAAGCCGUUCAGAGUCACAAAUGCAGACCGCAGCGUGAAGAAGGGGAUGAUGGCGGACGGCUUGUUGGACCUGCUGAACAAGGUCAGCGAGUCUCUGAGCUCGGACGGCAUUGUGGUGCUGGUUCUGGAGGAAGAUGGCACCGGCGUGGACUCAGAGGAGUUCUUCCAAACGCUGCCAGAGAACACGGUCCUCAUGUUCCUGGAGAAAGGACAGAAGUGGGCUCCAUGUUCUACCAGCCCCUCCACAAACCUCCUCUGCCGUCAGCAGAGCCGAACAGACGUGGCCAAGCUGACCUUUGACCUCUACAAAAACAACCCCAAGGAUUUCAUCGGCUGCCUGAGUGUGAAAGCCACCCUGUACGGCGCUUACUCCGUGUCCUACGACCUACGCUGUUACGCUGCCAAGAGGGUGCUCAAGGAGGCUCUGCGGUGGACUCUCUUCUCCAUGCAGGCCACGGGCCACAUCCUGCUGGGGUCCUCCUGCUACAUCGAGCAGCUGCUGGAGGAGGAGGAGCGAGCCCAGAAGAGCCUGGCGCUCCCCCAGGAGAGCAGGAUCCGGCAGCUACAGGGCAUGCUGCUGGGAAAGACCUCCCUGCUGUGAUGGUCGGAUGUUGGUGGAGUGACCUCCUGGGUCACGGUGUGUUCCACACAGAGGAGUCCAGCUGGGAGUUCUGAACGUGGAAGUUCAGCAGAUUUAGCCGUUAAUUUUUUCCAGCUCUGUUACAAUGUUUGCUUCAUGCAGAAACCGAAAUGAGUAUUUGCCCAAAUGCACUUUGACUGUAACUUUU